AUGAAUUCGACCGUGGCCGAGACGGGCGCGUCGGCACCACCGCCCUCUCCUCUGACGUCGACGUCCGCCGCUGGACCCUUUCCCGGGCGCGUGUCUUCACCCUUCUCCGCGACGUCUCGCUCCGCGUCCACCUUUUUCCCCUUGGACUUCUUCUGCUUCCUCUUCUUCUUCGCCUCCGAGGAGGAGGAAGAAGAUGAUGAUGAAGAAGAGGAUGAUGAGGAGGAAGAGGAGGAAUCGCUGCUGCUGCUGCUGCUGCUGCUCGACGAUGAUGAAGACGAGCUGGAGGACGACGAGUCCGAGUCCGAGUCCGAAUCCGAAUCGCUGCUGCUGCUGCUCGACGAUGAGCUCGAGCUGCUGUCGCGCCUGCCCCGCUUCCCCUUGCCCUUGGCCCUCCCCAGUAUCUGCGCCUUCCUUGCCUCGUACUCAGCCUUGAGAUCGGGCGGCUCGUCACCGGUGAAGUCCGCGAACUUCUGCCGCACCUUCGGGUUCUUCAGCUGCUGCGUGCGGCUGGGCCUGGAGACGUACACCCUGGCGGUCGGAUCGGUGCAGCACUCGCUUCACACAGAGGCGCGCGAGGAGGGAUCAGGCGCCAUGGCAGAGCUCUCUCGGGUUCGUCCCGACCUCAACGAGACGGAGGAUCAGCUCUUGGAACUUCAGCGAGCGUUCCUGGCGUCGCAGGAUCAUAGGGCGAACGCCGCGGCGAGGGUGACCCGCGUCGGCGGUGCGCCCCCUAAGGAACCAUCUCCAGAAAACCUGGCCGGUGUGCUGCCCGAGGAUAUCCGCCGAGCGGAGGCAGCCAGAGCGGCCGUGGGUCCCUCGGCGACACCCAAAUCUCACGCGGAGCUCGAUUCGUUUGGGACUGGUCCCGCCCACGGUUUCGAUCCGACAGCGGAGAUCCGCGAGGUUGUCGGCGAGGUGAUUGAGAGGGCCCCGAGGAGCAGGACCGGCGCUCCGAUUCCCCCGACGGCACCCACCGCACCCGGCCCGGGGCUAGCGUUUCCGGAGGCUAAACAUCGUACCAAAGGUCCGUUCGCGGGAAGGCCCAAGAGUAAGUUCAUGCUGGAGAGGGAGAGGAAGGCGGCGGAGGCGGCGGCAGCUGCUGCGGGCGGUGCAGUCGGUGUGGCCGGUGCAUCCCCCCAACCGCCCCAGCCGACGCCGACGACGACGACGGCCCGACACCCGCUGGACGAGAGCAAGGGUAUCGAGGAAGAGACCGCGCGCAGACUGGCGGCCAUGUCCGUGAGUGAGAUUGAGGAUGCGCAGUCGACGAUCGCGGCCAAGCUCAAGCCGUCGGCGUUGGAGUUCUUCAGGAAGAGGGGCGCGGACAAGCUCUCAGCCAAAUCCAAACCGGCGACCGAGGAAGCUCCGGCUCCUCCCGCCGCCGCGGCGGAAUCGGGGGCGGAUGCCGCGAAACAGCACCCCCCGCGCGCUCCUCCGCCGGCAUCCACCCCGCCGACGUCCCCCCCGCGCUCGACGAAGAAGCCCCCGCUCUCCCCAGCCCGCCCCGUCGAGGCGCCGCCCGCCGCCCCCGCAGCCGCCGCCGACACCAUGGCGUCGACGGCCGAGUCGACAUCCGUCGCCACGUCUGUUCGCUUCACCCUGGAGGGCGUGCCCCUGAACGCCGACGAGCAGCCCGCCGCGGGCAGGCAGGCGUCCAGGCUCGGGUCCGCGGUGGAGCGCGACCCGCUCCGAUCCGGCACGCAGAAUCCCGCGGAUCUGGGCUACACGACGAGGGAGUGCCUCGAGCUGGCGAGGAGCUCGGUUCCGGCGCAGCGAUCCGUGGGGCUGAACGUGCUCACCCGGGUGUUGGCGCACGCGCGUCGUUGGGGCGGGGGAGGUGGGGCGGCCGCGCAAGAACGGCAAGAACCGCCCCCGAAGACGGGACCUCUCGGUAACGCGGGCGCCAAGUUCAUGCGGCGCAGGAGCGUCGGCAUGGUUGGCGUGUACGGAGGCAACGCGCCGCCGUCCAAUCCCCUCGGUUUGCCGACGCCGCUUCCCGCGGGUGUUCACUGGGGGGACGUCUGGCUGCACGCGCUCGUGGACCACAACGCGGUGCUGCUCCUGAGGAGGUGCCUCGAUGACGCGCACAUGCCCGCCGCUGCAGCUGCGGCGGGUGCUAUCGCGGCUCUCGUCGGGGGCGCGACGGGGGGCGGGUGGGCGCCCGGCGAGGUUGGUCCUUCGACAGUGGCGCCGGACCAGGUUGACGCCGCAGCCGCAGCCGACUGGUUCGAUGCGCUGGAGUCAGCUCCCCCGUCCGAUCAGUCCAUGACCUGUCGCGCCACCCCGCUGUGGCGUAGCGGCGGAUGGGGGGUAACGUUCGCUCCGUUCGCGUGGGAGCAGGCGUCAGGUCCCAUCACCCUCACCGACCAGGGCGCCGUGGCGCACGAUCCGGCUGACGAGAUCGGCGAGGAUGGCAGCGAGAUGGGCGACGAGGAGAGGAAAUCGCGCGGGAUGGCACACGCGGUGGACCCUAUCGCGGCCUUGCUCCGCAUGGGACUCUUGCUCAGGUGCAGGUACCUGCUAGAGGUUGCAAAACACCCCGGGUGCGUCGCCCCCGUGCUGGCGACGUUGGCGGCUUGCGCCAGGCACUCGGCUGCGGCGGCGACGGCGGUGGCCCGGUGCCCCCGGUUGCUCCAACUUUUGGUCUCCAUGGCGUCCGGCGAAGGCGGCGAGUACCCAUCUGGAACUCCCUCGGGGGCCAUCCGCGUGCUCAGGAUCAUCGCAUCGUCUGCCCCAGAGCACGCCAGGCGACUCGGCGCCGAUGGAGUGGUCACCGCCGCGGUCCAGAGCGCCGCGGGAGCCAGCCACAAAACCGCGGAGGGUGCUUCUCUUUGGGCGGAGACCCUUCGUCUUUGGAGCGCGGUAGCGCGAGGAGGGGGCGCCACCCCAUCCAUCGACGGACUCUUCCCGUUGUUGGCGCCCAUGAUGGAGCCGUCCACGGCGAACACCGCACCGAGGUCGCCCCUCGAGGCUGCCACCUCGGCGGCGCUCGCCGCGGAGUGCUUCGCGCUUUUCGCCGCGUUGACCACCAGCCUCCGCGACGCGGCGGGUGCAAAGUUCGACAAAAUCCACGGAUGGAUCCCUCCCGAGGUGGACGACAACGGGGUGUUCAAGGAGACGGAGAGGAACCAUCCGGACGAGGUCCAUCCGUCCACGUCGUUGACCAUGACGAGCGAGAGCGGGGAUCGACUGUCCUGGGCGUGCGCCGCGGGGGCGGCCGCGGCGGCUGAGGCGUGGUGCGUUCGGCCCCCCGUGCAACCUCCGGAGCCCGUCCCGGGUGUGCCCGCGGGUCGUAACAGCAAGGGGGGAUACUCCCCCGCCGCGUGGCGCGCCGCGGGUAACGCGGCGCACUUCCUCGCGUCCCUCAUCGAGGCGUCCGGCAUCGGCGGGGAGAGCGAAUCGAGCGCCGCCGCAACCGCCGCGGGGCGACGGGUCCUCGGGUUGGCUGACGAGAAUAUUGAGGAGGAGGGCGCCAACAAACCGACGAAGGGGGUCGGGGUGCUCGCGGUCGACGGGCUCGUCGAGGGUGCUCUCGAUGCCCUCGGGAGCAGUGCGAACGACGCGACCGACCCCGAGCUCGCGGGUCGCGCCGCGUUCGGCGUCGCGCUUCACGGCGGGCUCCGACUGGCGGCGGCGACGCGAGGCGCGGCGGAAAAUACGACGACGGUGAAACUGGCUGGUCGAACGGUCCGGCAGCUGACCCUCGCCGCGAGCAUAUCCAUCCAGGCGAACGCCGGGGACGGGGACGGGGUGAUACGACAGGGUCGAGCCGCGCUGGUCGCGGCCGCGGAACUUCCGUCGCAGAGGGCCCUCGUCGUGGCGCUGGAGCUUCAGGAGUCCGCGGUGGAAGCCGCGGGGGAUGACGGCGAGGACGAGGACGACGAGGCUGGAAUAAGGCGCGAGGGGGCGAUCGCGGCGGUGGAGGCGACCGCCGCGCUCGUGCGAGCGUUGCCGCCCGGGGCGGGAAGUGCCGCGCGCGAUGCCAUAUCCGCGGGAUUACUCGCGAAGCGGACCCUCGGAUCCAUCCUUCGCAUCGCCGCGGAGAGGCUCACGGCCGCGGUGAAACCCCCGCCAGGUGACGGCGGCGAGGGUGAUGCGCUCGCGAUCAAACACGGGGGAUUCUCUCACUUUGCCGCGCGCGACCUCGAGCUCGACGGGGAGGCUUCGAAACACCCCGGAUCUCUCGUGCCGACGGUGACCGCGGCGCGUGGAGCUCUGCUCGGGGGAUUCGCGAUCGAGUUGCUCUCCGACGGGGAGCGUUUGGACGCCCUGGGAGAGUCGUCGCCGCCGCUCGACGGCGUGGGAUCGACGACUCCUUUACCGCCGCUGCCACAGUGGCUCCUCGCGGCGUGCUCGCCGAAGAGCACGGUGAACGGAUGGGGACCCGACGGUGCGGCUUCGUGCCUGGCGCUGUUACUCGGGCUGGAAACGUCCGGAUCGUUGGUGACUAGGGACCUCCCGGCGGAUGCCAAGCUCGCGGCGGUGUCGGGAAUAUUUUGCCUCGGACCCGGAACGUGGCGCAAUCCGUCCGUCUCAGCCGCGGCUGCGGCGCUCACCGAUACGUACUGGGGGCGUCUCGAGGAGGAGAAAGAGGCCAACUCCGCCAAUCCUCGGAUGGGUCUGCACUCCUACGGCGAGGCUGGGUUCGGCACCGGGGAUGAGGACGAAGCCUCCUCGCAGGCGGCUGCUUCGCUCGCGCAGGAGGUUUGCGAGGCGUUUUCCAACGAAUCGUUCGGGGAUAAACUCUUCGCGCGUCACGCCGCCUUCCAGCUCCGCGACGGCGCUCCGGCUCGCGCGCGUGCCGCGGCGUGGCUCGCACUGCGCGAGGGGGUGGCGUUUCAUCUUCUGCCCCCCAUGACGGCGGUUGCGCCGCGACCCGAGCGAGGUGACGCGUACAUGUUUUUACCCCCGGGUGGCGAAAGCGACCCGGAGAUGCUGGAGCUGUACGUGCAGUGUUUGGAGUCCGGCGCCCUGGACAAAAGCCUGGAGGGCAUCAACACCGGGGGUAUGCCGACGCUGCCGGCGGCGUUGGCCCUGCACGCGGCGACUCACGCCGUGUUCAAAGACACCGGCGUCGCAUCCUCGGCGAGCGUGUUGAGAAGGUUGCUCGGUAGACCAAACACGCGCACCGUGCUCCGGGGGAUCAUGUGCACCCCUCUCACGCAGAGGAGGCGUCCCGCGGUGGCGCGAGCCGCGGCGACUGGAACUCGCAGGGUGAGUGUGGACGGAGCAGGCAGCAACUUUGGGCCCGGUUUCGCGUACGGAAUGGAUCCUCCCUCAAACAACGUGGAGGCGAGGAGGUCCGUGAUGCUGGCCGCGUGCGGGGAGGACUCAAGCCUGAGGAAGGAGCUCAGGGUCGCGCUGGUGGAGGCCAUCCCGCCACCGCCUCUGUCGGACGAUGACGAUGACGAGUGA